AUGCCCGCCCAAACCCUCACCCGCGCUGAGGUCGCCAAGCACAACACCGAGGACUCCCUUUGGUGCAUCAUCGACCACCGCGUAUAUGACCUAACCGACUUUGUCGACGCCCACCCCGGUGGCGGCGUCGUCCUGGCCCAAGUCGCCGGCCAAGAUGCCACCACCGAUUUCUACAACCUCCACCGACAAGAAGUCCUCGAGAAGUACCGCGACCAGCUAUGCAUCGGCACGAUCGAAGGCGAGAAGCCCGAGGUCAUCGAACCCAAGGUCGGCGCUUUGAGCCCCGUCCCCUAUGCGGAGCCUAUGUGGCUGCGCCCUCAGUUCAAGAGUCCUUACUACAAGGAGAGCCACCGCCGGUUGCAGAAGGCUAUCCGCGAAUUCACGGAUAAAUACGUCACACCCGAGGCCCAGGAGAAGGAGAGGGAUGGCACUUAUAUCAGCCAGGAGCUGAUCAACCGUAUGGCCGAGACGAAUGUCCUGGCUAUGCGACUCGGCCCCGGCAAGCACUUACAUGGUCGCUCGCUGCUCGGCGGUGUUGUUGACGGCAAGGAGUUUGACUAUCUGCACGACAUGAUUGUCACACAGGAGUUGGUCCGGGCGAAUGCUCGUGGUUUCCAGGAUGGAAAUAUGGCCGGUAUGGCUAUCUCGCUUACCGCUGUGCAGCAGUGGUUGCACAACGCGGAGCUUAAGGAGCGCGUCACCGCCGAGGUCCUCUCUGGUCAGAAGAAGAUGUGUCUCGCCAUUACCGAGGCCUUUGCUGGCUCGGAUGUCGCUGGUCUGAAGACCACCGCUGAGAAGACGCCAGAUGGCAAGUAUUAUGUUGUUAACGGUACCAAGAAGUGGAUCACUAACGGCAUGUUCGCCGACUACUUCGUGACUGGCUGCAAGACUGACAAGGGCUUCUCGGUCCUUCUGAUUCCUCGCGGUGAGGGUGUCGAGACUAAGCAGAUCAAGACCUCCUACUCAACCGCCGCCGCCACUGCCUUUGUGCAGUUCGAGAACGUCAAGGUCCCCGUUGGCAACCUGCUGGGCGAAGAGCACAAGGGUUUCAUCGUGAUCAUGAGCAACUUUAACCACGAGCGAUUCAUGAUGGUCGCCGCCGUUGUGCGCAUGUCUAUGACUAUUGUCGAGGAGUCUCUCAAGUGGUGCAACCAGCGCAUCGUCUUUGGCAAGAAGCUCGUUGAGCAACCCGUCAUCCGCCAGAAACUCGCCCGCAUGAUCUCCCUCACCGAGUCCAACCAAGCCUGGCUCGAAUCCAUCGCCUACCAAAUGUGCAACAUGACCUACGCCGAACAAGCCACCCACCUCGGCGGACCUAUCGGUCUGCUCAAGUCGCAUGCCACCCGCGCCGCCCAGGAGAUCGCCGACCACUCUACCAACAUCUUCGGUGGCCGUGGUAUCACGCAAAGCGGCAUGGGUAAGAUCAUUGAGAUGUUCCACCGCACGUAUAAGUUUGAUGCCAUUUUGGGCGGAACUGAGGAGAUUCUGGCGGAUUUGGGUGUUAGACAGGCGAUGAAGAAGUUCCCCAAGUCUAUGCUUUAG